CCUCCGUCACUCUGAUCACAACAAUUUCACUCUCAAACCAUCAACAAAGAACACAACUGCAGGUGGGUGGGUGGCAAUGGAUGCUGGAACCGGCCAAGUCCUCUGGUCUACAACUGAUCCAGCCAGUGGCACUGCCUCUGGCCCUGUUACAGUGGCAAACGGUGUCCUCUUUGGUGGCUCAACCAAUGCUGAAGGACCGAUUUAUGCAAUGGAUGCCAGAACUGGAAAGAUCUUGUGUCCAAAUAACACAGGUGCUACCGUGUAUGGUGGCAUGUCGAUAAGUGAUGGGUGCAAUUACGUUGGAAAUGGGUACAAGGCCAGCGUUGGAUUUAUCAAUGGUUAAAUGCUAAAUUUGGUCCCUCAACUUUAGUGAGUUGCACAUUUUUGGUCCCUCAACAAUUUUUUGUACUUUUUUGAUCCCUCAACUCUAAGAAAUGCACUCCGUUAGU